AUGAGAUUACUUAAAUAUCCCUUAGAAUUGAGAGAAGAACGUUUAAAUGCUGUUGCUGUGAUUGAUAAGUUUUUACUAUUGCUUUCCAGUGGAGGACAUGUGAUUGUAUGGUCGGUGAAUGACUUAGUAGAUACAGCAAUUGAUAAUCUGUCAAUCAAAGAUUUGUCUAGGAAGAAAAUGUUACCCAUAAAAUUUAAUAAUGCUACAAAUGAUAGUCAUGAAGUAGAUACUCAAGCUUUUUUCUUAUGUGGUGUGGAUCAGAUAUUGGUUGUUGCCUCAGAUCACGAAAUUUUAAAAAUUAGUAAUUGGAAUCAAAAUGACGAUAAUGAUAAUAGCCCUGCAUAUAAACAAGAUGUGAUAAUAAGUUAUAAAUCUCCAAGUGUCAUCACAGAUGUUAAAUUGGAUACUCAGCAAUUGUUAUUGUUUGUAUUAUGCAGUAAUCCCAAUGCAAUUGAAAUGUUUGAUAUUAAGAGUAAUAAAAGACUAACUCAAAUUACAUUAGAUAAAACGAUAAAACCAAUAACAUUAAUAUUAGAUCCCUCUGGAAAGACAUUCACCGUACUUUGUUCUGAUAGAUCUAUUCGUGUCUAUCAAUUCAAUAAAUCAGGAAAUUAUAAAUUGAUAAAUGAAAUACCACAAUAUGUUCACGUAGAACCUUUACAUUAUAAAAUUACUAUGCCACCACAAGCAAAUUAUUUACCUGUUAUUAAUUCGAUAAAAGGUGCAUCAUCAUCAACGCCAUCCUCAUCUGCGGCAACUGCAUCAACUUCAAAUUCGACAUCAGGAUCUUCAUCUUCAAAAUCAAAUUCAAAUUUCUCUACUACAUCUGCCACAACAACUGUAUUAUUAGACAGAAAUAACAAUUACAAUGUUGUUUCUACUAUUGUAUCGCCUGCAUCCAAUACUUGCAAAGUAUUAGCAUUCUCUCCUGCAAUAUACGAAAAGAAAAAUAUUAAAAAGAAUACAAGUUUACGUUAUAAUUUAUUAGCAACAUCUGGUGUCAAGGAUGGUACCAUCUUAGUAUGGAAUACAAAACGUAUGAAACCAUUAUUUAAUGCAUUACAAAUUUCCGAAACACCAAUUAAUGAUAUGGUAUGGUCAAAUGACGGUUUAACUUUAUUUGCUGUAUCAAAUGAUAACGUAUUAUAUACAUUUGCAUUUCUUCCUGCAGAUUUAGGCGAAAAGAUAUCAGAAUCUGAUAUUAUAGAAUUAAGAAAUAAAAAUAAAGUCUUACCACCAUUACCAGAUAAAACUGCAGUUGAAAUAGAUGAUACCAAGAAAACAGAAAUGGGUAAAUCUGAUUCAAUUACGGAAUCAUUAAAUAAUAACAAAUUGAAAAGUGAAACUCCAACAAUAGGAAAAACAACCGACUCAUCAGUGAAUAAUAUUACUUCUUUGGUUAAAAAAAUAGGAAAAAAUAAAACUCAAGUCAUUAAGACAUUAGCAUCAAACCCAUCGGUAAAAGUAACUCAAGGAUCAGGCAUGGAAUUCACACCACCACCUUAUAUUGUACCAAAGGAUCUCAAGAGGAAAGUGAAAGAAGAAGCCAACGGUACAGGUAUACCUGCACCACCUAAAAAAACCAAACGUGAAUUGGAACCUAUGGAUUUCUUAGAUACAGGGUUAAUCAUUCCCAACAUUUCUUUUUCAAGAAUUAGACUUGCUUCACCAAAAAUUAGAAUGUCCUUCAAAUAUUCACCUCCAUCAAAUAAGAAUUUUACAAUGAAUGUUAAAAAUGGUUCUGGUAAUGAACAGAAACCUACCAUUGUAAGUUUGAAUUCUAAAACUUCUGAACAAGAUAAUCAAUUAUUCCAAGAUUUUAUACCGAAAUUCAUAACCAUGUGUACAUCGGGGAAAUUCUUUUGGGCAUGUUGUUCUGAUGAUGGGGUCAUUUAUGUCUAUUCUGAUAGUGGUAAAAAAUUACUUCCUCCAAUGAUGAUUGGUGUCCCAAUUAGUUUUCUAGAGGCUAAUGGUGACUAUUUACUUUGUGUGACUAGUAUCGGUGAACUGUAUUGUUGGUCCAUUGAAGAAAAGAAACUGAAAUUUCCUACAAAUUCGGUAUAUCCUAUUCUAAGUCCUUCAUUAAGAUAUUCAGAUGAUAUUUUGACAAGAUCUGAAAAUAUAACAAUUUGUACUGUAACAACAAAUGGGGUACCUAUCCUUACUUUAAGUAACGGUGAUGGUUAUAUUUUUGAUAAGGAUAUGGAGACAUGGCUCUUAGUUAGUGAUAGUUGGUGGGCAUAUGGAUCUCAAUACUGGGAUACCACAAAUUCAACUGUCUUGAGAAAUGUCGUCAAUGAUACAGAGGCUAAAAGUAACGAUUUUUGGAAUUCUAGUGACAUUGAAAGUGUAAUAUCUGAUGUUAGAAGCAACCCAAGUUCAAUUGUAAAUUAUAUAGAACGUAAGACAAAUGAUGAAUUAAAUCGUAAGGGACGUAUUAAAAAUUUACAAAGGUUUGCUCGUGCUGUUUUAAUGAAAGAAGGUUUUGAAAAUAUGGAGGAAAUAGUCACAUUGGCGCAUUUGGAGAAUAGAUUAUUAGUGUGUUUAAAGUUAGAAGAAACAGACGAAUUCUCUAAAUUGUUACUAAUAUAUUGCGUGCGUCUAGGUAAGUUAGGUUACACUGAUCGUUUAGAUGAGAUCUUGCAAUGGUUGUAUAACGAAGGUGAUUUAGAAAAGCCUGUGUUAUCUGGUAAAACUAGGAAGGACUUAUUAAAGUCUGUAUUAUUGGCCUGUGCGAAUAUAAGACAUGUUCAAAGAGUUACCAAUAAUUAUGCGACCGCAAUUGGACUGAUCGAGGAGACUAUAUAA